UGCGCUCCUGGGCCUCAUGCAUUUUUCAUUGUGCUAAAAGUGGAGAGAUUCACAGCACAGGAGCAGGAUAUCAUCAAACAAAUAUGCCAGUAUUUCUCUGAAGAUGCUCUGAAAUAUGCUGUAGUUGUCUUCACACAUGGUGACCAGCUCCGAGAGGGAAUGAAGAUUAAGGAAUUUGUCAGUCAGAACAAAGAGCUAGAUGUUCUGGUGAAAAAGUGCGGAGGCCGGUGCCACGUCCUUGAUAAUAAAUACUGGAAGGGCAACAAAGAGGACAACUAUAGGAACAACAAUUUCCAAGUGGCAGAGCUAUUCAGGACCGUAGAUGAGAUAGUUAAUGCAAACAAAGGAAACUACUACACCAACGAGACACUAAAAGCAGUGAAAAUAGAAAUACAAAGAGAGGAGGAGAACAUCAGACAGUCAUCAGGAAACAUGUCACAUGAAGAGAUAGGAAGCAGAGCCACAAGAAGUGUGUCUGACAAGUUAUUGGUCAGAUUAGCAGGUAUUGCAACAGGUGUCUUGUUGGGAGCUUUGCUAG